AUGCUCGCCCGAGGAUGGUUGGCCUCGUCGCUGCACAGUGGUGCGAGGCGCAGCGUCCGCCACAAUUCCUCCUAUCCGCUUGAUCGCUUCGCGGAGCUCGCCCGUCGCCCAUCGUCCCAGCACCAGAUCUACCAGUCGCUCUCGACCGACCCUUAUGUCAACCUCUCAAUCGAACAUUUUCUGCUGGAAAAUGCCCCGGCCGACUCCAGCAUCCUAUUCCUCUAUAUCAACCGGCCAUGUGUGGUCAUUGGUCGCAACCAAAAUCCCUGGCUGGAGACAGAUCUCCGCGCGCUCUACAAUGACCGUCGGCCUGGCGCGGGUAAGGAUGAUGCUGCUGUCUAUGUCCGACGGCGAUCUGGGGGCGGAGCUGUCUUCCACGAUGAGGGGAACCUCAAUUAUAGUGUGAUCUCACCGCGCACUUCGUUUACUCGCAAUAAGCAUGCGGAGAUGGUGGUUCGGGCGCUGCACUGCGUUGGUGCAGUCAAUACCAGUGUCAAUGAUCGACAUGAUAUUGUCAUGACCCCCCCAGAGACGCACAAUGGUCGCAAUGAGCCGCCUUUCCGAAAGGUCUCCGGUUCCGCGUUCAAGCUCACCCGCCACCGAGCCUUGCAUCAUGGCACUUGCUUGCUGGAUUCGCCGAAUAUCCAUGAUCUGGGUCGGUUCCUGCGCUCUCCGGCACGAGGGCAUAUCUUGGCGAAAGGCGUUGAGAGUGUCCGGUCACCUGUAGGAAAUGUAUCGAGUGCGCUGGCGGACUCUUUCUUCUCCAUGCAGGCAGUGAUGGACAACGUGGUCGAGGAAUUUGCCCGGUUAUAUGGUGUUCACGCUGACGUUGUCCGCCGAGCACGACGAGCGCAUGCCGUAGAACCUGAGAUCUUUGCCGGUGAUAGUUGGGUCAUGGGCACUGUGGGAGAGGUUCAAGGGGACCAGGACCCAGAGAUUGGUAAAGGAAUUGCUGAGUUGCGCUCCUUGGAGUGGAAGUACACUCAAACGCCACAAUUCACCUUUUCCACAUACCCCACCGAGGACGACCCUCGUGAACGUGCACCAUUGCCAGCCUCUCUUCCUCCUUCUACCCGUGUGUUCCUCCGCCUAAAGCAUGGUGCCAUCAUUGAAAGCAAUAUAUCCGUCUCGCCAGAUGUGUCUGUAGCAUCCGACCAGGCCAGCCGUGUGAAUGAGGUUUUGAAUGGCCAGAAGCUGCAUGAGAUCACCGUCGAGCGUUGGACCGAGAUGCUACGUCAAGGUCUGGCAGGAAGUAACGGUGUCGAUGAUGCGCUUGUGCAGGAGUUGGCUGAUUAUCUGGGCGACUUACUAGGAGGGAACUGA